AUGAAUAUGUAUAAAUUAAUGAUUUUAAUAUUUUGUGUGGCCUUAAGAGCAACCAGUGGCAGGAGUAUAAAUCUACAGACAUUCAUUGAAAAACUUGAGACUACGAUAAGUCCGGAAGUCUUAAAUCGAGAAAGUGUUAUAAAUCUAAGCCUCGAAGAAACGGCUAAGAAAGACAAGGAUUUUGAUCACAAUAGCACUGAAGUGAGUUUGGAAAUUGAAGAUAAGGACACCACUGAAAUUCCUGUCGAAGAACCUUUGAAGAAUGACAACGAAUCUCGCAUUAAUGGUGGAUUUGUAGUUCAACAAAUCGUUCCCUAUCAGGUCUCUUUGCAAUCAUACCGUUCCAAUCGUUGGCAACAUUUUUGUGGAGGCUCUAUUCUGACACCUCACCACGUUAUUACUGCGGCCCAUUGCACACAAAACAUGCGACCCGAAGAUAUCCACGUAGUCGCUGGCACUUUGACUUGGAAACAAGGUGGUGAUCGCCAUCGUGUCCUUUCAAAACGUGAACAUCCUCGAUUCUCUUCAAGUCCUAAGCUCAUUAAUGAUGUUGCCAUAUUGAAGGUGUCGCCUCCAUUUAAUCUCCACAAACCCACUGUGGGUACCAUAGGUUGGGGUAGCCGUAAUCGUGUGGGUGAGUCGGUUAAUGUUGGCACAACCGGUUGGGGAGCUACAACGCCAACACUUGCUGGAGGUUUAGCUCAUCAAUUACAGAGAAUAAAUUAUAAGACUCUAUCAAAUGCUGAAUGUUCGAGAAAAGGUUUUCGUGUGACUGAUAACGAGAUAUGUGCGCUAUUGAGCAAAGGUCGUGGAUCAUGUAUGGGUGACUCAGGUGGUCCAUUGGUUACAACUCAAAAUCCCCCACAACUUGUUGGUAUUAUGUCUUAUGGCACCAUACCAUGUGCUGCCGGCAAGCCUGAUGUCUAUAGCCGAGUGUCCAGUUUUCUGCCAUACAUUAACCAAGUCAUCUCUACUGAAAUACCAUGA